AUGCAGCCGCGGCGGCUGGAGGAGCGAGGAGCCAUGCAGCGCUGUGCGCCGGGGCCCCGGCCGCAGAGCAGGCGGAGCGGGGGCGCCCUCACCACCCUCCUGCUGACAGCUUUUUUGUUAAGCUCUGCUGAAGGGAUAAAUGGAACAAUUAACUGGAAGACUAAGCAACCCAACAGUUAUAUUAUCAGCAGAAUAAGGGCUGCUGAAAAGAAUGUGUACACGAUUCUCUCUAAGGUGCACUCUGAUCGGAAUGUAUAUCCUUCUGCUGGAGUUCUUUUUGUUCAUGUUUUGGAGAGAGAAUACUUUAAGGGGGAGUUUCCUCCUUAUCCAAAGCCUGGUGAGAUAAGUAAUGAUCCUAUAACAUUUAACACCAACUUAAUGGGUUACCCUGACAAACCUGGAUGGCUACGCUACAUUCAGAGGACACCAUACAGUGAUGGAGUGCUGUACGGAUCACCAACUAUAGAAAAUGUGGGCAAACCAACCAUCAUUGAGAUCACUGCUUAUAACAGGCGCACCUUUGAGACUGCAAGACAUAACUUGAUCAUUAAUAUAAUGUCAGCAGAAGAUUUUCCUUUACCAUAUCAAGCGGAGUUCUUCAUAAAGAACAUGAAUGUAGAAGAAAUGUUAGCAAGUGAGGUUCUUGGAGAUUUUCUUGGAGCAGUGAAAAAUGUGUGGCAACCAGAGCGUUUGAAUGCUAUAAACAUCACCUCAGCUCUAGACAGGGGAGGCAGAGUUCCACUUCCUAUUAAUGAUAUGAAAGAGGGUGUCUAUGUUAUGGUUGGUGCAGAUGUUCCAUUCUCCUCAUGCUUACGAGAAGUGGAAAAUCCACAAAAUCAGCUGAGAUGCAGCCAAGAAAUGGAACCUGUAAUAACUUGCGAUAAAAAAUUUCGUACUGAGUUCAAUAUUGACUGGUGUAAAAUCUCUUUGGUUGAUAAAACAAAACAAGUUUCCACCUAUCAGGAAGUGAUCCGAGGAGAGGGAAUAUUACCUGAUGGUGGAGAAUAUAAACCACCGUCUGAUACACUGAAAAGCAGAGACUAUUACUCGGAUUUCCUAAUUACACUGGCAGUGCCCUCGGCAGUAGCACUGGUGCUUUUUCUAAUACUUGCUUAUAUCAUGUGCUGCCGACGGGAAGGAGUCAUCCAGUUGGUCCACCACAGUGCUAUACAGAAAUCCACCAAAGAGCUUCGUGAGAUGUCCAAAAAUAGAGAGAUAGCAUGGCCUCUUUCAACACUUCCUGUGUUUCACCCAGUUACUGGUGAGAUUGUACCACCUCUUCACACAGACAGCUAUGAUAAUACUAGCAUGCCACUAAUGCAAACACAGCAGUAA